UGCUCUGUGAUUGGAUAAAAAGUUCAUUUAGGGCGUGACGUCACACGGUCGGAUGAACGAAGAAGGAAAGAGGCCAACUUCCGGUAUGGUGAGUGCUGUUCAACAGGGACCACAGGACAGGCCAUACCUGCCAGGAAAAUGCGGUAGGCUGUUGUCAUAACUGAAAGAGAAAUUAAAACACAACACAUCUCAGUGCUAUCUUUACGAAUUUGAAAUAAAUGUGGCAUAUGGUCAUAUGGCCUAAGGGCUCUGUGACGGAAGCAAUCAGGUUCGCUGAUCAGUAAUCCAUCGAUCGGGAUUAGGGAGCACGGUUGAACAUGGGAACGAGAUCGAGCCGUUUACAAGAGGAGGCUGCCGCGACUGCUUUCGAUAAAGAUGGCAUCAAGAGAGAGUCCUGUCGACGAAUCCGAAGCACCAGGCCCACUAGCCUCAUGGUGGAGUUCUCCGGCAGCUUCGACCAUGACUCAGAGACGAACCGCAGCCGGUCGGAAGAGGGCAGUGACUCGGACACUGGGCAGCAGGCGAGCAGCGACGGCAGCCCCGCCGACAGCCACAUGUCCCCGUCUCUGAGCAGCCAGGCCUCGCCGACGGACGAGAACGGGGCAGAGGAGGAUGGCAGUCCGGGAGGCCCUGUGAGCGCGGAGGAAAUAGGCCGAGCACCGCAGCGCACUUUCUCGGAGCGUUUGCCCGGUGGUCGCCAUUCUUCCGCCAGCGGCGUCACAGCCAGGUCCGCCCGGGUGAGGGGCACUCACCCCCGGCCAGUGUCUGAGGCGUGGAUCUACAGGGUCAACAACCGCCACGGUGCUAUUCGUUGUCCCUUCUGCACCAAGCCAUUCCCUGGAGGGCGAAUUGAGGACCAUCUUUUAAGUUGUCUGACUUCUCCACCUCUCCCUUAUAACACUGAUGUGCUAGCUAAGGACAGUGGAGAGUGUUCAAUUUGUCUCGAAGACCUGCUACAGGGGGAAACCAUCGCUCGUCUGGCCUGCCUGUGUGUCUACCAUAAGAGCUGCAUUGACACAUGGAGCAAAGUGAAGCCGUGCUGCCCUGAGCAUCCUUUUGAUUGAUUCGUGUGUUCUUGUGCUAUGACACUUUGACUCAGGAGACAAUACCCCCUGGCAGGAGCAUAUUUUCUGAUGAGAGGAUUGAGAGAAAGACACAAAGAAACAAAAACAAAUAACAAGCAUCAUCACUUGUGGUCAUCUUAAUCGGUUUGACUCUGAGUGAGCCUGGCUUUAACUUUUAACAUCUGACGUGACUCUUGAGACUUGGCUUUUCUCUACUUUACAGCACGUGCGUGAACGGCGGGUUUGCUCUGCUUGCCUUUCCUCUCUUAACUCUUUACUUUAAGGCUCAGAGUGAAACUGGUAAACUGAAUAGAACUUUGUAAAACAAACAUGUAAAUGGAGGGAAGUUACACAUGGAUCACCUCUCCGUGUGAACAUCUUGAUCUCCCGGAGGGAUGGUGUUUUCUUACCAUGGAAACGUGGUGAUCUGAAAUUUAUGCCGGGCUAAGCAUUUGGUUUUGUGCAGCCUGCCGGGGUUGCAUUGGCUUGAAUGAACUACUUGAUUUUGUAGAGUUUGUUGGGCAGAUCCUGGAUGAACGCAGAGGAGCUGUAAAUGCAUAAAUAUUGCACAGGAAUUACAUAUGAGGCAUGAUGUUUUAUAUUUUUGGGGGAUAAUCUUUUUGUUUACCCUUUUCCCUUUUUGUUACUAUAGGAACAUUUCAAAGGCAGAGUGAAAUUUCCAAUAGAUUUGGAUUCGAUUUAAACUACCAAGAAUAGUGGUAUCCCUCUCAUUACCACAUCAGACCCUUUUAACCUCUUGAUCUGAUUGCUUUUACUCAUUUGUAAAACUGUAUAUUGUUAACCGAUCAGAGCGGUACUUCCACUAGCUAGCUUAAUGGAUGUUAUUGGUUGCAGUGAAGUGUGUGUUCAAGUGUGUACUUAAAUGCAGAAGAUUUUGACGCUGAUGACCUGACAGCAUGUAUUACUCUUGGAGGGGAGGGUUUGUGAAAUUGCUUCUCUGCGUCUCAGACGUAGUAGCCUAUAGAAAUCCAGUCACUUUACACUCUUUACACCAGACCUCCUCUACAUUGAAUGAGGCCAUCUGUGGUGCGGAGAUGUAUGUCAGGCGCAGUAAUGCCAUAUGGCGCACGCUUUGCCUGAGAAUGGCGAUUGAGAACAGCU